CCGGCCUGGGGUCGGAGACAGGGACUUGGGAAGCCCGAACUCCGAGGCCGCCGCGCGGAGGCGGGGGCCUUACGGCCUCGGCUGGGACACCGGCCCCCGGCUCCCGGCCGGCGGGUCUCGGGACGGCGGGAGGGGGCGCUGCGAUCUUGGCCGCGGCCUCCACCCGAGCCGCGUGUGGGAGUUGCGAUGUCUUCCCGGCCGGGGCGCGACGACGCGGGGGCGCGGGGCGUGCGGCGGCAGCGGGAGCCGGCGGAGCAGGAGCUGCAGCGGCGGCGGGAGCAGAAGCGGCGGCGACACGACGCGCAGCAGCUGCAGCAGCUCAAACACCUGGAGUCCUUCUAUGAAAAACCUCCUCCUGGGCUUAUUAAGGAAGAUGAGACUAAGCCAGAAGACUGUAUUCCUGAUGUACCAGGCAAUGAACAUGCCAGAGAAUUUCUGGCUCAUGCGCCAACUAAAGGACUUUGGAUGCCACUGGGGAAAGAAGUCAAAGUUAUGCAGUGUUGGCGAUGCAAACGGUAUGGUCACCGAACGGGUGACAAAGAAUGCCCUUUUUUUAUCAAAGGCAACCAGAAGUUAGAACAGUUCAGAGUAGCACAUGAAGAUCCCAUGUAUGACAUCAUUCGAGAGAAUAAAAGACAUGAAAAGGAUGUGAGGAUUCAGCAACUAAAACAGUUACUGGAGGAUUCCACCUCAGAUGAGGAUGGGAGCAGUUCCAGUUCUUCAGAAUGUAAAGAAAAGCAUAAGAAAAAGAAGAAGAAAGAAAAGCAUAAGAAAAGGAAGAAGGAAAAGAAAAAGAAAAAAAAACGGAAGCAUAAGUCUUCUAAGUCAAGUGAGAGUUCAGACUCGGACUGACAAGAAUUAGGUUCUCUACAAAAAUCAAACACUGUGGCCAAAGAACAGAGGGAGAUGUGACCCAGGAGUAACAAGUCACAGAGGACAUCUGGCUUCACAGCUGUGGAUUCUUACCACCUUGCCAUGGUGAGCUGUCUCCACUCAGGUGCUAGGUCUGGACUGCGCUGAAUUCCUCCAGGAAGGCUUAUUCAUUGACCCCUCCCUGCUCUUUGCUUGAGUCUAUGAGUCCCUUGAAAGGCCUCCUGCAGCCUGGCAGGACAGUGGGGUAUCUCUGGGGAGGUGCUUUUGGGUGUUAGCACAGCUUUUGCCCUUUGUGAGUGACUCAUUUCCCACAGGCUUUAGGCUGGACUCUUCUAUGUUGUUGAGUAUAAUAAAAGCUUAUGAUUUUUUAAAAA